UGCCGGUCAAACCAUCGUCCGGACGUCUUCUUGCUCAAGACACAGACCGAAACCAACAACCAAGUAUUCAACCACCUUGCAUCAAGACGCCGGAUAUCACUUGCUUUUAACGCAUGAUACUUCGCCUCGGCCACCGAAACAAGUUGCAUUUAUUGUCCGAGACUUGGAAGAUAAAAGAAGCCCGCAACCAUGGCUCCAUCAGAAACAUCACAAACUCCUCCUCCCCUCAGCACAACUGAUGCUGAGCCCGCUGUUCCGACUGAAAGCGAACCACUGCUUGGAAGACCAGGCGACGCUAUUCAAAAGCCUGACGCUCCUAUGUUCUUGAACCUUGUUCUUGGAACAGCCUGGCUCUCCCAGGUCGGCGCCGUCCUCCUCCUCCUAACCACCUGGUCCGCCGUCUUCCUGCACAAACUCGGCGCGCUCAUCUCUCCGCACCCUCUCCUCCAAUCCCUCGGCGUCUUCCUCCUCAUCCAAGCGAUCCUAAUCCUCCAACCAACCUCCACCCCCGACGCCAAACGCCUCGGUCAACGCAUCCACGCCUCCCUGCACCUCCUCUCCUUCCUCUCCUUCGUCUCAGGAAUCACCAUCAUCGAAACAAACAAACACGUCAACCACCUCGCCCACCUGCACUCUCUGCACGCCUACCUGGGUGUGAUCACCGGCACCUUGUUGCUGGCUCAGUACGUCUUUGGGAUUUGCAUCUGGGCUGUCCCCGCUGUUUUCGGAGGGGAGGAGAAGGCUAAAAGUUUGUGGAAGUAUCAUCGGUACGCGGGUUACGUGUUGUUGGUGUUGGUGCUGGCUACGGUGGGGGCGGCGGCGGAUACGGAUUAUAGUAAGGGGGUGCUGAAGAUCAAGGGGUGGACGUUUGGAUUGGGGAUUGCACUGGUUGUGGUGGGCGUUUUUCCGAGGGUGCAGUUGAGGAAGUUGGGGAUUAAUACCGCUAGGAAGGAGGCUACGCCGAUUAAUACCGCUACGCAGGAGGCUACGCGUGGUGUUUAAGGUAUCUAGCUAAGGAGUAUACCGAGGGUUGAAGGGGAAAAAAAGGUCUAUGACGAUGGGCGGCCCGGCUGAGGCUCUGUUUAGGGGUGGGGGGCUGCCGGAAGGGUUUUGGUUCGGUAUGGUGUUGUUGGACUUUAUGUUCAUCAUUGCUGUUGUUAUGCACGGCAUAAUACGCUUUGGUCGCUGGGAACGUCGGAAUCGGCAAAAUGAUAUAUGCUACAAGGUUUAGUGGCUAUGGCAGCUGGGACUUAUGGGAUAUUACGGUUAUGGCUCUUAUUAUUUUUGUGCUUUUGAGGAAUCUACGAACACGGAGUUUCGACUUUUAGUCUUUCCGCGGGGAAUGAAGCUGGCUCCGGUCACACAAUAAUACCAGCAGAUGAUUAGAAUCA